UUCAUUUGGUUUUUUUUUUAUUAUUUUUUUUCUUUUUUUGGUUACGUUAUAAAUCAAUAAUUAAGUGAGAAUUAUUUAUUGUGUGAAUUAGUUGUGUUUUGGUUUCGGUAUAAAUUCAAGACAAACCGUUGGGACAGAUAAAGCAACCACGAAGCAGGAAGACAUAGUAAUCAGUUUCCUGCCAUCUUAUCAGCUAGCCUCGCCAUGGCAGUCACUCUGCCUCAGCUUAUGCCAUUGCUGGUAAUGUGUCUUUCUAGUGGUGGUGGUGGUGGUGCUGCUGCAGCUUUAAGCUUGCCGAAUGGAACCUCGGGCGUUGGUCUAACAGAACGCUCGGCGUCUGGCAAUUUAAACUCACCCAUUCUAGGCGGAAGCUUGGGUGGCGUCGGUGUUUUGCCUAGCAGCGGCGGUGGCAUCAAUAUAAGCAGCGUCGUUAGCGGUGGUGCCAGCGGCUUGCCAUCUAGUAGCAGCAAUCCUGGCGGUCUGCAGGCGAACAGCGAACAAACUGGAGUGGCAGGUGGUAGCGGCUUAAGUGGUAACAGUCUCGGCUCCAAUAUCAUUAAUGGUGGCAUUGCUGGUAGCAUCGGCGGAGGCGUUGGUGGUGGCAUAGGCGGCGCUGGCAGCAGCAACAACAACUCAAACCUGGCCAUUAACCAAGGCGGCAACAAAGAGAAGAUCUAUGAGAAGUGCACGGGUCCUGGGGAUCCUGGGCCAUGUAAACAAUAUAUAUACAAAUGGCGUUAUGAACCCACAACAAAUGCCUGCGACACAUUUAUUUGGGGGGGAUGCGAUGGCAAUCCACACAAUCGAUUUAGCACCGAGGCGGAAUGUCUUUUCCAUUGCAUUGGAAUGCCACACACUUUACCGCCGUUCCUGCAAUCGACUACCCGCGAGCCGAGCACCACAGAAAUCUCAAUGGCUGCAGCUGCCUCACCCUUCACACCAGGGCCAGGAGGAGGGCCAGGACAGCUGGGUGACGGCACCGGGAUGGUUGGCGGCGCUGUAGGUGAACUGGGGGGCGUUGGUGCCGAGGGGUCUGAGGGUACCACCCCGGUGCCCAUUGAACAACGCGGCCCAGAGCUAACGUUCGCCGAAACGGGUCAGGAAAAGACCUUCGUUUUCGCUAAAAACAACACGUUCAUCCAAAUGGACGGCGACAUCAUACAGACAUUUCAAUUAAGACUCUGUCGUGAGAUUUCAUUUCAAUUCAAAACUCGCCUACCGCAUGGCCUUCUGGUAUAUCACAAUGUUAAAAAUCCGGAUCGCAUUAAUUUGGAUCCCUAUGCACUCUAUGUGAUUGUCGAGAAGGGCCAACUGAAGGUGGUUCAUGUCUUUGGCAAGCAUUCAACGAGUGUCACUGUGGGUGAGAGCUUAAAUCGAGAUGAAUGGCACAGCGUAAUGGUGCGCAUCGAUGUCCAUGGCGCAAGAUUAAUUGCACGCGUCGACAAUAGUCAGGAGGAGGUCUAUCUGAAAGGUCUGAAUCACGAAUACAACUACGGCGUCUCCACGAAUUUGCCAUCGGUUGUAUUGGUUGGAGGUCUGUCGUCGGAGGAGAAGCUACACGGCGUCAAAUACAUCACCGAAUCCUUUGUCGGCUGCAUCCGCAACAUUGUGCUAAGCUCGGGCAAGGCAGCCUCUGAUCUACUACCCAUUGUCCCUUUGGUGGCCACCAAGCAUGAGAAUGUCAACGAGGGCUGUUCCGAUAUGUGCGACUCUCGACAUAAUCUGUGCUUUGUCGGCUCACGAUGCAUCAACCACUAUGGUGGCAUCUCGUGCGAUUGUUUUGGCACCCACUAUGAGGGCGAACACUGCGACAUAUACACUGCCACCAUAAUUACAUUGAGGGGCGCCAGUUAUGUGUCAUAUCGGAUAUACGAUUGGAAGGAUCGCGUCCACUCUUCGACAAUACGAAUAAGCUUAAUGUUUCGCACCAAUUUCGACGAUUCUGCCCUGUUCUACGCGAGCGGUGAAUCGUUGAAAAACCAGUACAUAGCUGCGUCUAUUAAAAAUCAAUCGAUUUAUGUAGAAAUGGAUUUUGGCGACAAUGUCAUGUCUACAGUACUAACGGAUGAACUGACUCGUGGCUUUUGGCACAAUUUGACCAUAUUGCAUGAACAGCGAACGGUUAGCAUUAUUCUGGAUCAUCAACAGAAGGUUUUGGAGCUACCGUCCACCGCUAGUGGGAAUUUGCUGUUCGAUCCGGAAAUCUACUUCGGCGGUGGACCUGAAUUGCACAAGAAAAAAGGCUUGGCCUCACACAACAAUUUUGUGGGAAGUCUGAAGUAUGUGUACUACAAUGAUGUCUCCAUUCUGUACGAGUUGCAACGUGGCAAUCCUAAAGUGCAUUAUCAUGGUGUCUUGGAGGCAGAAUUCUUUGAGAAUGAAGUGAAUGUCAUUCCCAUCACCUAUCCGUUUGCCACCUCACACAUUUGGUGGCCCAUAAAUCAUGCCAAAGAAUUUAAUAUUAAAUUCGAUUUCCGUAGUAGUCGUCCGGGUGCGGUGCUGGCCUAUAGUGACGUAACGACCAGUGCCGGAAAUGGCUUCUGGGAGAUACGACUAACUUCGGAUAAAUUAAGCUUCGAUCUAGUACCCGAUGUCAAUAAUAAUGUAACACAUUCAACGACAAUCAAAAUCAACCGUUCAACUUCUUGGCACAGCGUCGAGCUAGACUACAAACUGGGCGAAAUACAUUUCACUGUGGACUAUCGUCACACAUUAAGCCAAAUGUUCGGCCUGACCUUUAACAUUGGCGACAAACUGAUCAUUGGCAGCAGCCUCAAAUCGGCCGCCAUGGGUCUAGUCGGCUGCAUACGAGACAUUGAAAUCAAUGGCCAUUUGAUAGAGCCGCGCCAUGUAGUUAAAACGGAAAGAGUUGUCGGCGAAGUGGCUCUCGAUAAUUGCAAUUACAUUGAUCCGUGCAAGAGGCCGAACACCUGUGAGCACGGAGGGAAGUGCUUUGUGAAGGACGAUCGAGUCACCUGCGACUGCAAACACACGGGUUACAUUGGCAAGAAUUGUCACUUCACAAAAUACCGCAAGACUUGCGAAGAAUUAGCCCUGUUGGGAUUUACCAAAUCGGAUGUCUAUCUCAUCGACAUCGAUGGCAAUGGAGUCUUUCCGCCCGCGCAUGUUAAAUGCGACUUUCAGAGCCUGGAGAAUGCAACGAAAACCAUUGUAGAGCAUAAUUUACCCAGUCAAGUGGAUGUGCGUUCGGCCAGGGAAUCGGACUUUAGCUUCAAUAUACGCUAUCGAGAAUUCUCGCCACACAUGCUACAGGAGCUUAUAUCACACUCGUUGUACUGCACUCAGUACAUCAAAUAUGAUUGCUAUCGCGCUCAAUUGGAACUGCACUCGUCCACUUGGUUCACAUCGUCGGCCAAGAAUCUCACCGUUGAUUUUCUCGGCAAUGUCAAGAGAGGGUCCUGUCCUUGCUCGGUCAACAAGACAUGCGUGGACCCAAAUCAAUCAUGCAACUGCGAUGUGAAGGAGAACAAAUGGAAUUCGGAUGAAGGUUACUACCAGGAACCGCACAGUUUGGGCAUAACCAACAUGUACUUUCUGCAACAGAAGGAUCUGGACGAUGAGGCCCAGGGACGCAUUACAUUGGGGCCACUGGAAUGUGUAGAGACAAAUACCCAAAAGUACGUGGUCACCUUUACCACAUCGCAAUCGUAUAUUGAAGUACCCGGAUGGCGAAAGGGCGACAUUGCCUUCUCGUUUCGGACAACGGGGGAAAAGGCCAUACUAUUAUUCCAGCCACCGAUAAGGGCUCACUAUCCGUCGUUUAUGGUGGCCCUCACUGGCGAUGACCAGCUCACGUUUACCUUUACGUUGAGCACGGGAACGACGCGUGAGCUGGUGAUUAACUCGCACCGCCGACUAAAUGGCGGCGAAUGGCAUAAAAUAUGGAUCGACUACAACCAGUAUCAUGUGCGCUUCAUGAUAAACACCGAUUACCAGAUGCUCGAUUUGUUGCCCGAAGAGGAGUUUGGACCAUUUGAGGGCAGCAUGUACAUAGGCGGUGCCACAUUCGACCUUCUGAAGAAGUUGUCAGUAAAGGCUGGACUUAUUGGUUGCUUUCGUGGUCUAGUGGUCAACGGUGAGAUACUUGAUAUCUAUAGCUAUAUGUCUGUGCAUCUGUCGGAAAUUAUUAAGGACUGCAAGCCAUCUUGUGUCCCGUCGCCCUGCCGCAACGGUGCCCAGUGCAAGGAGCUGUGGAGCAGCUUCGAGUGCGUUUGCAAUAAUCCUUGGGCUCACAUUGGGGAGUUCUGUGAAACAAACAUCAAUGAGAAGGCCUUAACGUUCAUCAAUCGGGAAUCGUUUUUAAUGCGAAACUAUCUUAGUGUAACUGCCACUCCGGCGAGCCUAAUGCAUGGCAUCGAGGGUGAACGUGAAAUGUUAAAGAGCAUACUCACCCAAGAUUUGCUUAUCAACCUGCGGACAUACGACGCCAAUGCCUUGGUUCUCUAUGCCAACGAUCAUUACAAUAACUUUAUCCAUCUGUAUAUCAGUGCGGCCCGUGAGAUAGUCUUUCUAUACAAUUACGGCGAUGAGAUUGUCAAUCUCACUUUGCUGGAUGACACGCUAGCCGCUUCGCUUAAGAGCAUUCAGGUUGCCAUAGUCCGCAGUGAGCAGGAGACACGCAUGCAUGUGAAUGAGCGUAGUGUUAGCAUCGAUCGAGGCAAUCUGCUACUGGAUGAGUAUGCCAACAAACCAUGGAGUAAUCCCGAAAAAGAGGUUCUGUCACCGCACCGACCCCCGGCCCCGCCCACCGAGUACUUUCAAUUCCAUGUUGGCGGCUAUGAUCCAGCAAAUUUGCUGCGUCCCAAUGUCGACUCGCCGGCACUAGAGGGCUACAUUGGCUGUGUGCGUGGAUUGAAAAUUGGUACCCAGUUGAUCGACUUGGCGGAAAUCAAUGAAAGGAAUAUAGCGCCCACCCAAAAAGGCGUUCUACCAAACUGUCAAAUCAAAUGCGAUGCGGAACCGUGCAAAAAUGGUGGUAUCUGCAAGGAACAUUUUGCUGAGCAACUGUCAACCUGUGAUUGCGAGCACACCAGUUUCCUCGGUGAAUUCUGUUCGGUGGAGAAGGGUGCGGACUUUAGUGGCGAAUCGACACUGCAACGAAAGUUCGAAUUGCCGAGCGCAGGUCGCGUAGAUUAUGUACGAUUGCAGUUGGCGUUCUCAUCGUUCGAUUUGCGGAGGGCCAAUCGCAUAAUGCUGCUGCUGCAGACAGCAGAGGAGCGCAGUUAUUACCUCUUACUGGCCAUCACAUCAGAUGGCUACCUGCAAUUUGAGGAGGAUCGCGAGAAUGGCCAGACUGUGGGCGCUAGGAUCGACCGGAAUUUCCUAAAUAGUGCUAGGCACUCGGUCUACUAUAUGAGAAAUGGGACUCGGUCUCAGCUCUACAUCGAUCGAGAGCAGGUGCCGCUAAUGGAUUUUGCUGCCCGUGUUGGGACAACGGCCUUGGAUGCGGGUGCUAAUCGGGCACAGAUUGGUGGCAUCAAUACGACGGAUUCGCGUUUCGCCAUCUUUAAGAGUUACAGCGGCUGCCUGUCGAACAUCUACAUCCAGGUGAAUGGUCACAUUAUGAAGCCGCUCGAGGAGUAUAUGCUAUUCACCAAAUCGGGGGCCGAUAACAUAACGGUAAUAAAUCCGCAGGGUGUCCGCAGUGCGCAGUGCAAUGCUAAAUUUGAUGUGACCGAACAGCCUACACAAGAGCCAAUGGUCAAUGUGAGCAUGAUACCCGAGCCUUGGGUAGAAGAGCCACCCCAACGGGUACCUUACAUAUCGAAAUUUGUCUAUGAUGUGGACAAGAAGGAGGAUUCCACUCAGGUGGUAUUCAUCACACUGACCACGGUGUUUGUCAUCAUUGUCAUCUGUUGUCUGCUCGAAGUGUAUCGCAGUCAUUUGGCCUACAAGAAGCGCAUCGAGCGUGAAACCGAUGAGGAUAUCAUUUGGUCCAAGGAGCAUGCAACCAAAAUGCAUGAAUCACCUGGCGUAAAGGCUACCGGCACUGCAAGUGGGGGAGGAAUGGCCCCCACAAAGAGUGCAGGAAUGCCACCAUAUAGCUAUCAAGCACUGCCGCAGGAAGACAAUAAGCCAGGCUUAAAUGGGACUCCCUUGGUGGGCAUCUUAAAGAAUGGCAGUGCCACAGCUUCACCUACAGAAUCCACCAACCCAUCGACCCCUAUAGCAGCCAAAAAUGGUGAUAUUGUCACGCCUAUCCACGAAGAAGAAGAAGAAAUGGAAGUGCACGAAAGUGUGGAAGAGGAAAAUAAGCCAGAAGUAGUGAAGGAAAUGCAGCAGGAGACAAAGUUAAAUGGCCAACAGCUGCUCGAUGACAGCAGCAGUAAAAAUACUGCGGAUACUUUGGCUUCUUCAGUGGCCACAUCCACCGCCCCCCAAUCAUCCAGCCUUCCCUCUGAGAAAAAGACGGACACAGCGACAUUGACAGAGAUAAAAAACCCAAUGGCAAAUGGUCAACAGGAUCAGACAGAUGUUAGCCAUAUCAAUGAGCUACCGCAGCACCAACAUGAAAAUCAAAGGCAGCAGGCGAUGCCACAACAUCAGAAGCAGCAGCAGAGACAACCGCUACAAAGAGCGGCAACACUUCAGCAGCAGAGCACAAAACGACGCAAAGCGACGACGGCAGCAGGAACAGCAGCAGCAACAGGAGGCUUAGCAACAGCAGCAGCUGCUGGAGUAGGAGGAGCAGGAGGAGCAGGACCACCAACUGUACGACGACAAGUAUCUUGGGGUCCUCCGAUUGUGGCCGAAACGGAUGUAGAUCUGGCUUGUGCUGCUGGUGGCGUGGGCAAUGUCGUCGGCAGUGGGCGCAAAACGGUGGGUAAGCAAAAUGGAUACGGCGGUGGUGGCGGAGGCGUCAAUAGACGAGCAACGACCACUAGAAAUUGACAGUCACUCAGCCAGCCAGUCGCUCAGUUCGCUCAAAGAGGUCCAAAAAGGACCAGAAAGAGACACAAAGAGAAAACAAAAUGCUAGAAAUAUGCAUAAAAGCAUAAAUAUUUAGGCGAACGACUACAAAAGCAAUAGCAAUUUGUAUAAAUAAAAAAAUCCCCCACAGUAAGUCGACUUCAGUGUACCGAAGUUUUAAUGCCCUGGCAGGGUCUCGAUUAGUAAAUCUCUCCAACGAAAUUCCCUCUCAAAGCACUACGAAAAGACAAACACAUAUAACCAUAGGUAGUAUGUGAAUGUAUAGAUUCAGAAUACAUUUACACAUUUAUAUUACCUGUACACUAUAUUACCCUCUGUAAGAGUAUGGCAACGAGAAACUUUAUAUACAUACAAAGUCUCUUGAAAGAGGAAUGAAAGAGAAGCGAUGACGAAGGCGGUGAAGUCAAAGAAGGACACGAAUCAGAGAAAGGCAGCCAAGGACAUGCAAAACAACAUAAUUCUUAAAAAUAAUACACACACAAAAGGAUAAUACGUAUACAUUCUAAAUAUGUAUAUAUAGACUACCGAUUAUUUUCCGUAUGGGGAAGCGGUUUCUCAGUUUUGCAGUUCUUUCCCCAUAUGGAAAUGAACUUUUGUCGAGAUGACUUGAAAUGUGGAAUUAAAUUUUAAUUGUUUAUAUUACCACAGGGAAGGAAAACUUGGAGGCGUGCACGGGAGAGUGAGAUAGAGAGAGAGUGAAAGAGAGGCACGUCUAUACACACCUAUACAUAAAUACACACCUAUAUAUAAUUGUUAAAUAGGUUUACUGCGCUGAUCCCCAGAUAAUAUGUUAAAUCUAAAAAGCCCAUAAAAGUGAUUAUUAUAAACAAUUCUUUUAAGACUAUAAAGGCAGGGCAAAGUAAAGUCUGUUAACGGCAAUUCUGCACUUAGUUAGUAACUGUUAAUUGAUUUCUAAUUAUGGUAUAAGUAGAGUUUAUUUUUUGA